AUGGCGCUGGGUCUGCCUCCCCGGCACAGCGUCCGGAUGGUGGCCUGCCUCGCAGGCGUCACCUUCACAGGGAGACCCACGUGGUGGGGCCGAGCCGUGUGCCCGUGCCAGCGGCGGGCACAGCGUCAGCCCCUGGAGAGUGGUGGCCUUCAUCACAAAUGCUGCAUCCACAAGUCGGGGUCGGGGAUCAAGCCGCGGGUUUUACUCAGUGCCAGCCUGACUGGGGUGAAGCAUAGACAGCCUCCACGCACUGGGCACCGGGACGGCGGGCCCUACCCCGGGACGCAGCCGCCAGUGCCUGGGCCGCUGGCCCUGCUGGACACGACAGAAGGGUUUGUGAGGAGAAAGAAGGCCUCCCUUCGGUUUGUGGGGUCUCUGCUCGUGGUGUCUGCUGCCAUUCUGACCGUCGGCCUCGCCGCCACCACCAGGACAGAGAACGUGACCGUGGGGGGCUACUACCCAGGGAUCAUCCUCGGCUUUGGAGCUUUCCUAGGAAUUAUUGGCCUCAACCUAGUGGAGAAUAGAAGGCAAAUGCUGGUCGCGGCCAUCGUGUUCGUCAGCUUCGGCGUGGUGGCAGCCUUCUGUUGCGCCAUCGUGGACGGCGUGUUCGUGGCCCGGCACAUAGAGCCCAGGCCCCUCACUGCGGGAAGAUGCGAGUUCUUUGCCAGCGAGGCGGGGUACAUGCGUGAUGCCUACCAGACGGAGGUCACCUGUCACUCCUCGAGUGGCUCGUGCCCCCUGAAGGUGAAGAGUGGCUCGUGCUACUGCUGUGAGCUCUACAGGUGCCAGAGCACAGAGCACCCUCCCAUCUACUACGAGUUCGUGGGCGUGCGCUCCUGCCCGGACGUGCUGCACCUGUACCAGCUGCUCUGGGCCUCCUCGGUGCUGAACGUGCUGGGUGCGCUCCUGGGUGUCCUCACGGCAGCUGUCCUGGGGGCCUUCAAGGACAUGGUCCCCCUAUCCCAGCUGGCUUACGGCCCGUCUGCUCCACCUCAGACCCUCUACAACCCUGCCCAGCAGAUCCUGGCCUACGCGGGCUUCUGCCGGGCUCCUGCGGCCCUCCCCACCUGCUCGUCCUACCCUCUGCCUCUCCAGGACACGCAGGAGGGGCUCAGCGUCCUGACGGGCGCGAACGGACGGAAGCAGAAGUCCGGCUGCAGCCCAAGAGUGAGCGUGUCCCAUGUCCUUUCCCUGCGGGGCCACCUGUGGGAGCAGCGCUGUCCCGGGGACAGCCUGGUCACCAGAGGAGCUCACGUGCCGCAGGUGUGCGGAGUGGGCGCCGCUCUGGCCCUGCUGCUGCUGAUCGAGGAGUCUGGGUCAACGCUGCGGCCGCUUCCCCGCCUCGACUCCCAGGGACCCCCUGUGUCCGAGGACGUGCCGCCUCCCGAUGCCCCACCGCUCCGUGCCAGCCCACUUCCUCCAGGGGUGAAGCCUCCGCCUCCGCUCCCUGACACAUGGGGGUAG